AUGGCCGUUAUUCUGGAUAAGCAAAAGAAACAGCCACCCAAGCAAAUCUCCACUCUCGGCGGAUUUGUGGCGGGUGCUAUCGCUGCCUGUGGAGCCGUCACAGUCACUAACCCGAUCGAGUUGGUGAAGACCCGAAUGCAGCUGCAGGGAGAGCUGGCUGCUCGAGGAGAGGCCAAGAAGGUCUACACAAGCCCCCUACAGGCUCUGGUGAAGAUCUACAAGUCCGAGGGAAUCAAGGGUCUCCAGUCCGGACUCUUCAGUGCAUACGUCUAUCAGAUCGGUCUCAAUGGUUGCCGACUGGGCUUGUAUGAGCCCACCAGAAAGGUGAUUGCCAACGUUUGCAACAUUGAUCUGAACAAAGAGAACCCCGUUGGUCUCAACGUGGCCUCUGGUGCCAUCUCUGGUAUCAUGGGAGCCGUGGCCGGAUCCCCCUUCUACCUGAUCAAGACUCGACAGCAGUCUUACUCUCCUGCAUUCAAGGUCGGAGCGCAGACCUACUACAAGUCCAUCGGCGACGGAUUCCGACAGAUCUACGGAGCAGAGGGCUUCAAGGGUCUGUACCGAGGAGUUGACGCUGCUAUUCUGAGAACUGGUGCUGGAUCUUCUGUCCAGCUCCCCAUCUAUAACUGGGCCAAGGAGCUUCUGCUCAAGCACCACAUCACCGAUCCCGGAGCCUCCACCCAUCUGGUUGCAUCUGCCAUGUCUGGUCUCGGAGUUGCUGUCGUCAUGAACCCCUGGGACGUUCUCAUGACCCGAAUGUACAACCAGAAAGGCAACAUGUACAAGAAUCCCUUUGACUGUCUGAUGAAGACCGUGUCCAUCGAGGGACCGUUUGCUCUGUAUAAGGGUUUCGGGGCCCAUCUACUGCGAAUUGCACCCCACACCAUUUUGACCCUCAUGUUCAUGGAACAGACCAUGAAGUGGGUCAAGUGGUUUGAGGGCGUUCCCUUUUAA